UCAUUCGAAUAGAUCUCUUCAGGAGGAUUUGUUUAGAUCGUACUGCCAACUGAAAAUUUGGAACUUUAUUUUACAAUGAAGACUGCUUUUAUAUUGUGUGCAGUGGCUUUGAUGUCGGCCACGGUGGCGAACGCCAAAAUGGCAGAGAAGGUCAGCGAAGAUGACGAUUUCGUCGUUUACAGGAUCCCAAUCAGAGACUUAGAUCUCCAAUCCGAGGCCAGCAGGAUGUCUUACGAUGAGGGAUUUGAUUACGGAGGUAGCCUUGGAAGAUCCAGCAGUAAGAGUUCCAGCAGCAGCAAGAGUUCUAGCAAAUCCACUGGAGCAGGAAGGGGCAAAGGAUACGGCGAGGGAUCAUCUUCUGCCGGACAUGGAACAGGACAUGGCGGAUCUAGCAGCGGCCAUGGCUAUGGAGGCAGCAGCGGAGGAUACGGAAGUGGCCAUGGCGGUAGCGGACAUGGAAGUGGAGGAUCCGGAUAUGGCAGCGGAGGAUCUGGUUACGGUAGUGGAGGAUCUGGAUACGGUAGUGGAGGAUCUGGAUAUGGUAGCGGAGGUAGUGGAUAUGGAAGCGGUGGUAGUGGAUAUGGCAGCGGAGGAUCCGGGUACGGCAGUGGAGGCAGCGGUGGUAGUGGAUACGGCCGUGGAGGUAGCGGAUAUGGUUAUGGAAGCAGCGAAGGAGGAUAUGGCCAAGGAGGGCAAGCUAGCUACACCCCUGGUGGAUAUGAUCGCCACCUCAGCACUAGCCACAAUCACUAUGACGAUGAGGAGGCAGACCACCCCAAGAUUGUCACCAAAACUGUCACCACCAGCAGCGCCCACGAUACAGGGCUUAACUCAGCUCCCCAGUACAGACAAAUCCCAGACAGCGUCGGAGAUCUCAACUUCCGACUUGCUGAUUAUUUGAAGAACGCCCCCGGACACGAGGCUAGCACCAAGUAUAACCAGAAACUUUUCGAAGGAUAUGGUGCUGAAUUAUCUGAAGCCGCCCCUGCUUUCCGAUCUGGACAGAACUUCAAUGUCAACGCCUUCACCCGAUCCCUCAACCAAAAUAUGGGAGCUUUCAAGGCACCUUCCUAUAGAAGCAACGGAUACGCUCCCCAGGCCUCAGUGAUAUAUCCUACUGCCUACGCUCUCCGACAUGUUGGAUUCGGCCUAGGCGGAUUUUAAAGAAACCAAAGAAGUCCUCUUUAACCAAAUCUAUGUGAUCCAGAAUCACUUCAGUCCAAAGAACUUGCGACCCAGACCAUCGUUGCUCCGUUAAUUGAAUAGUUUUCUCAUUUGUAAAAUGGGAUAGUUUGGGUUGUUUGACUUCCGAAACAAUUUGGACUCACUUGAUUAGUUGUCCUUAUUAGGACUUGACUAUAAUCAAUUACCCGCAUCAGUCCACUUCCGCAACAACCUGAUGAUUCAGUCAAGAUGGUGAGUUAGAAAGAUCUGGGCAGUAAUUAUAGGAAAUAUUCACGCAAUAGCAUGGAAGCCGAUGAUCUAUCAUGCGUAUCAACAAGUUUUCGUCUGUCUAUUGAAAAUUGCUCCGAUAACUCCAUAAAAAAACGGUUACAUAGUUUUAUAGUUAAGGAAAAUUUCACACUCUAGAUAUCAUCAUUUAAAAUCGAUUAGCUUUUAAGACAAUUAUUUUUAAAUUGCCAAUUUCGCACGUUAUUUUUAUUGAUUACACACUUUAUUAACAUCAUCUUUUUUGUGCAAUAUUUAAUAAGUGUCUGUAACUAUAAUAUAAAUAUGCGAUUAGCGUUAAAAUUUAAUUACUAAAUAUUUAAUUACCAAUUAAUAAGUAAUAAUUAGUAAUUAAUAUUUAAUUACUAAUUACUACUUAAUCAUAAAUCAUUUUAAAGUAAAUUUUACAACAGGAAAAAAGGAAAGACUUAAAAUAUUAUUAAUUAUUAUUAUCAUUGGCAUGUUAUGAAUCAUUUAAUAGUUUCUAUAUGCAAAUUUUUUCGUUUUUUAACUAUAAAAAUAAACUCAUUAGAAUGAAGUACUCCUAUAUGAAAUUUCAUUGACUGAAUUAUUUACAUAAAACAGAUUUAGUAUAAAAAAUAGGUUUAAGACAGUUUUAAGCUGGCUGUUACGAUAAUAACCCAACUUCGCAACCAAACGUUACAUGGAAUAGAUGAGAGAAUUAACUUAUUUUUCUGUGAUAACAAACGGAUUUUUGUCUGGAACAGUUGUGAAAUUAUUUUGAUACGCCUCCCUUAAAUAUCUCAAUUCUUCACUUCUUCAGCCUGCAGAAAAAAGCAAAAUAUAUCUUUCAUAAUCUGCCCUAAGAAUCUUCGCCCUUGUCUGACCUUGUUUUCCUUAAUAUAUUUCCAAAAGGCAAAAGAGCCUUGGUUUGUAAUUAACUCUUCCUCUUUUUUCAUUCAUCUUAUUGAAAUAUUAAGAAUAUCAUCUCUUUGUUAUUUCAUUUUCAUCAGCUGUAAAGUUAUGAGAAAAUAAAGAUUUUUGUCUUUUGAGAAA